AAAAUGGAUUGGGAUGAAAAUUUACAUCUUCCGAAAAAAUCACUCCCUUGACGCGCGAGCGCCACUGAGUGGUAUUAGCGCACUUGCCAGUGUGUUGGUGGUGGCGAAAAUUCUGAAGUUGCGCCACGCACUGUUUCAAAAGUCUGCACGAAAUGGCCAGCUUUCGGUGAAGCUUUAAAUAAUUUCAGUGCUCGCUGGUGCAUCGUGAAUGUGCAUUGUGACAUGUGUACCAGAAAGAUCGAAAUUUCGUAAAUUGCAAUAGAAACCCGUUUAUUCGUUGACCCACUUCCACUGAAUGGGUGUGUAGUACGUGAAAUGGCAGUGAAAAUAGUGUGAAUCAGUUUUUACAAGUUUUUCGAUCGAAAGAAUCUGUCACUGGCUCAAAGUGGUGCUUGCUGAGGUUUCCCCUGACCGCUUCUUCGUGGGGUCAUUCGGUGACCUACAGGAGCUCCUGGCUGUGGGCUGCAGCUGGUUUCGUAUGGGAAGCUAAUCCGUUAGUGUUAUAAAUCGGAUCUCCGAAUCCCUAAACUGCAGGAAGGAGCAGGGCACCACGAUUCAGCACCGUUCAGCAUUUAUCGUUAUUUGUCGAUUUGGUGCGUUAAAUAGCUUUUGUCGCCUGUCCGUCUGGUUGCGAAUCGUCUACAUUCGUCUUCGUUUCCGCGAAACGUGACAGAAACGGUAGUUUCUGUAACGACAGCGCCGUCGAACCUGAACCAGGAAGCUCGCUUUCUUGGCACACGCUUUAGAAUUGAAAGCUCGUGCAGGAGGGAAGGACGACUGUAACGCGAAGGUACUGACCACCGGGAGGCAACUUGCCCAGGAAGGUCGUAAAAUAGACCUACCGUUGGAAGGAGGAAGGAGAGAAGGAUCGAGCAACAUCCAUCGCUGCAACUGCCGUGCACCCACCAGUGCAGCGGACGGAGGCAGGAACGAUGUCGUCUAAAAACAUACCCGCUGAUAAGAUAAACCUGAGGCUAAUACUCGUCAGUGGCAAGACGAAAGAAUUCCUCUUCAGUCAAACGGACUCGGCCGGUGAUAUAGCACUCACAGUAUUCGAAAACUGGCCCGAUGAUUGGGAAGCGGAAGCGGUGGCGAAGGCGGAAAUCUUAAGACUCAUCUACCAGGGGCGCUUUCUACACUGCAACGUGACGUUAGGGGCGCUGGGGCUACCGUUAGGCAAAACGACCGUGAUGCAUCUGGUGCCGCGUGAUAAUCUACCCGAGCCAAACUCCCAGGACCAGCGACAGAAAAGUAAAGGCGGUUCCAGUAGAUGCUGUUCCACGAGCUGCUGUAUACUGUAACCACGCUGCAGGACGCCGGCGAUGUGUUGUACGUUUGGGGCAGGUGGCAGCAGAAGCAGCGGCAGGAGGACGAGAAAUAGCAACCGGAGCAGGACGAGGAGGUGUGCAGGUGCGCCGCGUAGUGAGAUCGGGGACCGGCCGCAGAGUGCUCCCGAAGGAUGAUGGCCAACGACGGCAAGGAUGCUGCGGUGCACAAACGGCGCAGAACCGUGAUCACGCCUGAGAUCAUCGCAACAACCGGAACAACAACAACAGUGCGUGCGUGUGACAACGGUGCGCGUGAGAAGACGGAUGCGAGAACGUUGUCAUCUCCUAUGGAGUGUGUCCUAAGUAUUUGUGCAUGGAUGUGUGCGUGCGCGGGUGGGCGGGCGCGCAAGUAGGUUGUUUUUAGUCGGAGCGCCACGGAUGUACACAAACGGACCCGCCGCACAUACACACACAGCCAUGCACAACUGCAUCCACGGUUCAUCAGCACGUACGAGCGCAUAUGUGAGCCAACUUCUAAAUGCCAACACCGUCAUAAACGCGUCUCUGUCACCGGCGAAAAGCCGUCGACGCCGACGCCUCGGCUGCUGCCGCACACCCCGACGACACUCGAUGAGAUGAUAUGUUGCUUCAGUGGGAGAGAAACGCGCGCGCGUGUGUGUAUUAUUAGGGGAGAAAAUGCGAAUUUCGGUAAACGUUACAGUAGUAGUAGUCGAUAUGUUUAGUGUUAGGGAUAAUAUACGUUUUUUUUUGUCUUUCGGUUCCGUUCGUUAAUACUUGUUCAGUUUUUAAAUUUGUUCCCGCAUCCGUUGACUGCCUCAGUUUUUACCUCACUCGAUUCUCCACACGAUCAACCUGCGUGAGUUUACCCUCCUUUCCUUUGGAGCCACAAUGAGCUGUCCACGCAUCCACUAGGUUCUCCAGUGCUUUUCUAGUUCUAGCCGUUUUUGGCACAGUGAUCGCAGUCUGAGAUUGUAGUAGACCACGG